AUGACAGACUUUGAAAAGAACCUCCGUCAGGACAUAAUUUCUCAGCUGCAUAAUUUUGCUGCUGUUGGAGAUGGAGCCAAACUGAAAGCAUUGCUUAGUCAUUCUCCGUCACUUAUCAAUGCAGCUGCAGAUAAUGGCUGGACAGCCCUGAUGUAUGGUGCCAGAAAUGGACACCUUGAGGUUGUGCGGAUUCUUCUUGAAGAAGGGUGUGACAGGUCCAUCAUUAAUAAAUCAAGGCAGACAGCUCUGGACAUUGCUAAAUUUUGGGGGUACAAGCACAUAGCUAAUUUGUUGGCUAAUGUGAAGGGCGGGCAGAGGCCUAAUUUUUUGUCAAAUGAAGUGAAAGAAUAUGAAAAUUAUUUUGGCUUGACACUUCUGGACAGAAGGGGUGAUAAAAGAACAGAUUCCCAGUGGCUAAGCAAAAAACAAAGCCAUCCAACUACAGUAUACAUUGUCUUCUCAAAUCUAAGUCCUUUUGUUACUUCGGGUGGGGGAAUAGAUGGCUCCCAGCAGCCAAAAGUAAAGCUUUGCAGGCUGUACCACAAGGAUGUGGAGCAAUGCAUGAACCAAACUGAAGAAGGCACUUUGAUUUUUCUUGGAGUUGAACUUCAGUUUCACGUGAACCCACUGGCUGCUUGCAAUGGAAGAGUUCUGCAAGCAGAUGAAGAGGAUGGGUUAGUUGCUUGGUUUGCUCUUGGUGUAGAUUCUGCUUCUGCUGAGAAAUUUAAACAGAAGCAUGAGGACUGUUACUUUCUUCACCCACCAAUGCCAGCACUACUGCAGCUACCUGAAAAAGAAGCUGGAGUAGUAGCCCAGGCUAGAUCUGUUCUAGCAUGGCACAACCGAUACCGAUUCUGCCCAACAUGUGGGAGUGCAACCAAGAUUGAAGAAGGGGGUUACAAGAAAACUUGCUUAAAAGAAGAUUGUCCCACUCUCCAAGGUGUUCACAACACAUCAUAUCCAAGAGUUGAUCCUGUUGUGAUAAUGCAAGUCAUCCAUCCAGAUGGGAACCACUGCCUUUUAGGUAGGCAGAAGAAGUUUCCCCCAGGAAUGUUUACCUGUCUUGCUGGAUUUGUAGAACCUGGCGAAACAAUAGAAGAUGCUGUUCGAAGAGAAGUGGAAGAGGAGGCUGGAGUCAAAGUUGGCCAUGUUCAGUAUGUCUCUUGUCAGCCAUGGCCAAUGCCUUCCUCCCUAAUGAUUGGCUGCUUAGCUUUUGCAGUGUCUACAGAAAUUAAAGUUGACAAUAUUGAAAUAGAGGAUGCCCGCUGGUUCACUAGAGAACAGGUUGUGGAAGUUCUCAUUAAAGGAAACCAGCGUUCUUUCUUUGUACCACCAAGUCAAGCUAUUGCACACCAGUUGAUAAAACAUUGGAUUGGAAUGAAUGCUAAUCUUUAA